AUGACAUCAUCCGAGGCUCUGCGCGUGCUGGGCACCCUCUCGCGAACCGUUGCGCCGCAGCGAAUACUACGGAACGGCACCAACAUUAGGGCACUCUCGAGCAGGACGAUUUGUACAGACUGUGCACACAGCUUGCGAAGAGGAGAUGAUGCUCAUAUUGGGCGUGCUGGUGCCAGAUCAGCCCUCAAACGUGUCCCUCGGCGAGCUCCAGUCUUCAGCUACAGAGGAUAUGCGCAGGUGGCGCAUGAAUACUCACCGGACCCAGAAAGGACCCAUGGACCAAUUGCCGAGUACGACGCGCGUGUCGAGUCCGGACGGCUGAGGGACGACGAGCACCAGAGAAACAUCAUCAAGAACCUCCAAGACCUCCAUGAAAUGCUCGCAGGCUACGAACAACCGCCCGUCCAGCAGCCUACCAUCGAGUCCCUACAGCCGCCCAAGAAGUCGUUCUUCUCCUUCCUCUCCUCCUCGACGCCCGCGCCAACUCUCCCUCCAAUUCCCGAGUCUCUGCCUAAGGGUAUGUACAUGUACGGUGACGUCGGCUCUGGCAAGACCAUGAUGAUGGACCUCUUCUAUGACACCCUUCCGCCAAACAUUGUCCGCAAAACCCGCAUCCACUUCCACGCCUUCAUGCAGUCAGUUCACAAAGACCUGCACAAGAUGAAAAUGACUCACGGCAACGAUAUCGAUUCGAUCCCCUACGUCGCCGCCAAUAUCGCCGAACGCUCUUCUGUCCUCUGCUUCGACGAGUUCCAAUGCACAGACGUCGCCGACGCCAUGAUCCUACGCCGUCUGAUGGAAGCAUUAAUGGCUCAUGGCACUGUCAUCGUGACGACAAGUAAUAGGCAUCCUGACGACCUGUACAAGAACGGCAUCCAGCGAGAAUCCUUCAUUCCCUGCAUCAACCUCCUCAAACGCCGCCUUACUGUCCUGAACCUUGAUAGCCAGACAGACUACCGCAAGAUUCCCCGUCCACCGUCCGGCGUGUACCACCACCCCCUCGAUACCAGCGCAAAGACACAUGCGGAGCGUUGGUUCAGAUUCUUGGGUGACUUUGACAACGACCCGCCACACAAAGCCACACACCAGGUAUGGGGACGUGAUAUUGUAGUUCCCAAGGCCAGUGGGAAAUGCGCAUGGUUCGGGUUUGAUGAGAUCAUUGGGAAAGCAACCGGCGCGGCGGACUACCUCGAGCUCACAAAGGAAUAUGAAGCUUUCAUCGUGACCGACGUUCCGGGCAUGAACCACAAGAGCAGAGACCUGGCAAGGAGAUUCAUCACCUUCAUAGAUGCCAUCUAUGAGUCGCGAGCAAAACUCGUGCUCACGACCCAGGUCCCACUGACGCAACUCUUCCUCGACGCUUCGGAAAUGUCUGACGCCCUUGGUGCAUCCAAGAAAAAGGGCGACCUCCCCGCCUCCGCCGACCCUGGCGAGAACCUUGACGACGCGAUGCGCAGUUUGAUGGACGAUCUCGGCAUGAACAUGACUAUGCUCAAGAACUCGAGCAUCUUCUCGGGUGACGAAGAACGGUUCGCGUUUGCAAGAGCUCUCUCACGACUCUCUGAGAUGGGAAGCCAAGAGUGGGUAGAGAGAGGACUGGGGCUGGAGAAGCUGGGCGGAAAGAAGGAAAGAGAAGGGUGGCAGAAGGUGAGGAGCCAGUGGAGAGAGGACUUUAUGUAA